UCUUGGCAGCCGCGAUUCAGUUGAGUUUGAGAUCUUGUUGUGGUUAAACCUCUCUCUGCUGCUAACGGCGACUUCAACGAAGGCAGUGCUACCGAGCACCAAGGGAGCACUUGUUUUGAAAAAAAUAAGGCGGUUGGGCAAGAAUUUCAUUUCGGUGCCAUGAGUAACAGCACGGAGCAGCCCUGAUCACAUCGAACAAACGUCACCCAAUCCGGAAGAAUCCAGCGACGCGUUGACUCCGAUCGAUCGUGGUCAGUCAGUGUGCGGUCUUUAGUUGCUUUUUGUUGUAUUUCGAUGGUUACGAAAAUAGCGCAUAUUUAAGUGGUUAGUGUGAUUUGGAUCUCCACGCAAACAGAUACGGCCGGUCUCGGUCAAGUGGAUCGAAAAGUGUAUCGCAUUCAAAAGUGUCAUUCAGUGUGGUAAAGUGUGAAAAUUAGAAAGGUCCAGUUGGAAUUGAAGAUAUUGGAUAUCGGCGUCGACGAGGCUGCAACCCUCGAGAAGACGAGCGAAGGAUCAAUCGAAACCGCGUGUGAGCUCUGAUGCAACUGAUCGCUAGUUAGGCAAUCAGUUCGAAGCGGAGUUUGAGUGUGACUUUGUGCUUGUGCUUAUUUUCGGUCCAUCUUAUUGUUAACCAAAUGUGCCAAUAAUACGCUUAUCUCGUGUAUGCCAUGAAGUUCAGCAAGGCAAGUAGCCAUUCGUUGGCAACGGUGCUGGUGACUGCAGUGCUGCUGGGACCGGUCGCCGAGGCUCAUGUCGCGUUGACGUUUCCACCGGCACGAAAGUAUGACCUGGAUUUUCUGGACAAUUCACGCACCAAAGCGCCAUGUGGCAUGCCGAAAGGUUCAUUGAAAACGUCAUUCCUAGCCGGAAGCACUUUCAACGUCUCGUGGCAUUUGGCAUAUCCGCAUCGAGGAGGCUUCCGGCUUGAAGUUCUGGAUCAAAAGGAGAAGCCCAUCCUGAACCUGACUCCCAUCGUCAAGGGAAAGCCAUUCGUCAGAGAAGAUGCGACAGCUCAGCAAUUCCAAGUAUCGCUACCGAAGGACUUCACAUGUCCGGAUUGUUCGAUACGGUUAACGCGACAAGCCGAUGAGUGGGGUGGCAAUUACCUGUUCUGGUCUUGUGCCGAUGUGGACAUUGUUCAGAGGAAGGAGUUCCGUGAGACCUGUUCCGGGCAUGGAAAGUUCAUUGCGCGGUGCAAAUGUGAGAAGAAAUAUUACGGAAAUCGAUGCGAGUUUUGGGACGAGUGCACCACGAACCAAGAUUGCGGCAUUCAGGGCACCUGUGUGGAUUUGGGAGGCACUUCACUUCCUCGUAAACAGUGUUACUGCCGGCUCGGUUGGUUUGGACCAGGCUGCAGCAAAAAAUCUCCAAUUAAAUCAACGGACAUCGAUUACUCAUUGUACAAGUUGAAGAAUUUGUCACCCGAUUUGAACGUGUACUGGCGUGUGCUCAAAGAACAGAGUGAGAUCGAGUUGGUAUUGAAGGUCAACGGAACUUCGUGGGUUGGUCUGGGAUGGCGUCCUCGGAAGUUGACGGCCGAGUGUAAAAACUUCCCGUUAAUUGGUGCUCUGGCGGAAGCGGGAACAGCAGAACCAGAACCUGGUGCAGAACCAGAGCCAGGAGCAGAACCAAAUGCUGAACCGGAGCCAAGUACAGAACCUGACUCAGCAAGUGAACCAGAACCCGAGACAACGUCGGAACCUAAUGCUGAGCCUAAUGCGCAUGCAGAACCUGAACCAGAGAGCUCUUCGGAACCAGAACCGGAACCUAAAUCUCCAAAGGCUGAGCCUGAACCAGAACCAGCUUCUGCGGAGCCAGAACCGGAUGCAGCUUCGGAACCUGAACCGGAAAGCACUUCUGAACCGGAACCUACCACAGAUGCCAAGGCGGAACCAAGCUCUGAGCCGAAAGCUGAACCAAAGUCCGGUAAAAAAAGCAAACGGGCUACAUCCGAUUCCCACCCACCUUCAAGUGAGCCAGAACCGGAGUCUUCCCCGAAGGCGGAACCAGAGCCAAAAUCUGAACCGGCAUCCGAACCGGAACCCAAGGCGGAAACCACCGCUAAACCAAAAUCAGAUGCGCAGAAAAAGACGGCAAAUCCAUGGACACCUCGGUACGACUUCAACCCCAUGGACUGCACGGAUAUUGUUAUUGGAACGGCUCGUGGCGAGAGCCAUCGUGUGUGGGACUAUUAUACUCGAGAUCGCUCGACCCCACGCGUCGAUACCUUCUGGGGUGGCAAAUCAGAUCUGACCGCCACUGGAGGGUUUGAAGUUGAUGGCGUUACGACAAUCGUGUUCCGGAGGAAGUUGCUGGCCAACGAACCAACGGAUCAUUCGUUUGUGGACGACCUGAUGCACGUGAUCUGGGCUAAGGGUCAGGAGCCCGGAGCGUACGUGCACUCCCCACCAUCUGGAUUGGAGAAGGAAAUGGCUAGCGUUCAAGACUUUUACAUGCGUGAUGAAUUGAAAUACCAUGGUCAUCGGAUGCAAAGAGGUGUAACUCAGAUUAAUUUCCUGGAGGAAAAGAAGCUAGAACCAGUUAAGGCUGCAAAUGGAUCAACAGCUGUGCCUGAGGACGGAAUUAUGGUUCCUUCCGGUCCCAAGAGUCACGAAUUAGAUGACGAAUGCCAAGGUUUCUGGAAGUAUCCUAGGGAUUGUGAGUUAGACAAACACAACUGCGAAUACUAUGCCAGCUGGGAGGUUACUGGCAAGGGAGAUUCCAUGCAUUUCCAUAUCGAAACCAAUAAUACGGGCACGUGGACGGGUAUUGGCUUCAGCAAGGAUCAGAAAAUGUCGCAGACCGAUGCCGUAAUAGGAUGGGUUGAUCUGAAUGGAAGACCAUUCCUGAUGGACACUUGGAUCAAUGGAUACUCGUCUCCCAAGUUGGACGAUCGACAGGAUUUAUUCAACGCCUCAGGAAAAAUUCUGAACGGAAUGACCGUCAUGGAUUUCAGCCGGAAGCGUGACACCACAGAUGAAAAUGACUUAGCCUUCACAGAAGACCAAUGUCUAUAUUUGAUGUUCCCAUUGAGUGGAGGAAUGUUCAAUCCGGUUAACAAAAAGAUUCGAAAACACGAAUCAGUUCCGGUUGUGACGGACACCCGAGUGUGUAUUAAAUCGUGUCCAAAGUUGUUCGAAUAUCUGUUUAAUCCAGCUGUGACUCCAGCGCCAGAACGAGUUGCAUAUCGAGCUGCGAUUAUGCUGACGAACUUGGCCACUGGCUUCGAGGUUCCGGAAUCUGGAACGCCGGAGUACAAUGAUCUGUCCAAAUCCAUUGCUGAUAGCUUUAACGGUAUGCUCAAAGGCGUCGGAGGGUUCCACAAAACCGAUGUAGUGAAUUUCGAAAAAGAUUCAAAAGGGGUCGUGGUCAACAUGAACAUUCUGCUCAAUAAGGACGGAAUUGAGAAUAAUUUGGUGGACGAUCCUGCUAAGCUGGAACAAACAAUUCAACAUCUUAUUCAGAACAAUCUGUCUUCCGGAAAGGUUGGUGCUCUAUCAGUUGAUCCGGAGUUCCUUGAAUUCAUGGCCUUGGAAUAUAAGCAGCCAAUAAAAGAAGAACCAUCGUUCUUUGAGCGAGCUGGUACCAGGCUGUAUACUAUCUUGGGGUGCAUCGCUGCGCUGGUGUUCAUUGCAAUCGUUCAGGCUAGCUGCACAAUCUACAAAACAAGUUCCACGAAUCGGAUGAAGGAUCAACUGAUUCCCAAUUCGGCAUGGAAGGACUAUUCGUCUAACACCAACUACGCGUUCGAUAACUUCGAAGCGGACGUGAAGAGCGGGCACCACGGUAAGCACCGUUCGGACCGGAGCUACAGCAAUGGAAAUAGCCAGCAAACGACACUGCAGAUGUCGCACUCGCCGAACAAGGCGCAGUACUACGAGAUCGAUCGUACCGAUGGUAUGCACCGAAGUAAUGGUGGCGAUCACAGAAACGGGUCAAUGUACCCACGAUCGACGCAUGACCGCAGCAACGGUGAACGCUCCUCCUACGCCGAGCGAGCCUACUCCCUACCAAGGCCGAUGCAUCAGCAGCAGCAGCAACAGCAGCAUCAUCAGCAGCAACAGCACCACCAGCCGCACAUGCAGCGACCCAGCGGAUCCGAGUAUUACACUCAGGAUCGACGAAGCAAGUCCCGAUCCAACCAGAACCCAUCGUCGGGGGGUGCCGCCCACUAUGCCGCCAGCUCGGUAACCAACGGCAACGGGAUGCAAUAUCAGCAGGCCAGCAUGCACCAGAGCCAGAACGGGCAGCACAUGCCCGAAUCGUCGGAUCUGUACUUCACCCCAACGCAGCGAAAGUACUCCGGCGAGGUGGUGAGGGUGUUCGUCGACUACAACAAGGAUAAAAAGUAGAAGCGAAACCGGGGAAGGUUACUCUCGCGUGACUUUUUAAAGAGUGCAAGUGCAUCGCUUGGCGAAGAUGAUGCACAUGCAAUGCCAGCCAACGAAAUGGAAGUGAAAGAAAGUGAAGUGAGCGUCUUGUUUUCUUCGUUUGAACACAAUGAAGGGCAUGCUAUACCGUACACACCAUAACCGGAAUAAUGGACAGAAAAUAAAGAUGCGGUUGUUUUUCCUCUACUUAAUUAUGAAUCGUUUUGUGUUAUUGUUUCUCUCACCCUUCAGUUGAGCCACAUGAUUUCAAUUCAGUUUUAAUUUAAUUUAUUAUGAUUUUCUGCAAUCCUCUAUCUCCUCUUCUGUCAUAAUCACACAAAUCAGGGAGCCGAAGUCACAACAACAAGAUAAUCACAGUUUUAAUUUUUACUUUUCAUAGAUGUACUAUAUUGUAGGUGAGCGUUAAUCUGAGCGAUAUCGGAUUGAGAACAUGUAUGUAAAUUAUGGUUUUAUACGUUUGUUAUGUUGUAUCCAAUUGUAAUUUUUAGUCAGCCAUUAUUCUUCAAUCGCUGGUAGAUUCGAUCACGCUAGCAAAUAAAAAAAGAAUAAUCACAAAUUGCGACAAAACAUAUCGUUCUGUAAAAUUGUAGGAUAGUGCAAACUUAGGAAUAAAUAUUUUAAAUAUAUCAAAUGUACGCAGAGCAAAGUUGAUUUUGUCGGAGUUUUUCGUCAUUCGGUUUCUAACGUCCAUCAGUAACAAGAUAGUAAUGCAAAUUAAUUUAAAAUACUUGUGAAUAUAUUACCGGAUAGAGAAACGAUCUAUUUUAUUUUACCGAAAUAGCACCUUAGAAAACGGAACAGUCCCUGAUGGCCUAGACUGCUGCCUGGAAGUACUCAAUGUUUUAAUUAUGUAAUAUAAAUAAACUAAACGAUAGA